AUGGCAGAUGGAUUCAACCAAGCCCGCGCUAUGCGAGUGGCCGAGAUAAUCAAUGACUACCGCACUCUCCUGCUUCACAUCUCACAACAGCAAGUCGAGGUAUCCCAAGAAGAAUACUGGGAGGAUGGCUUCGUAGUACUUCGCGAGUCCCUAGCCUCGGCCCAGACCCUAAUGUCCGCCAACUACCAACCAUGCCCGGUAACAGGGCAGGGGGAUGCCGAGACCGAGAAAACCGAGCUACAGAGAGUCAUACUAGACAGCAGCGCACGCCGCUUCCAAGCGCACAAGAUCUAUCUCCGCGCCGCCGCAGCCCGGCGAUGGGCCAUCACGCGCGCCAGCGUUCUACGCGACUCCAAUCCCACGGUCCAAUUGAAGAGCGCAACUGCGACUCUCCAUCAGGAUCUGGCUCGAUUCACGGACCAGCAUGUCGUGGCGGACUUACGAGCUGCUGAUCUGCGCGCUGGCCACUGGCUUGACGAAGAUCCGUCCUUGGAGGCGAUCCAUCGCUGGAUCGGACGCCACUAA